CAACUUGCUGAUGCUGCAAGCUUCAUCUUUCUCGUGUGCUUCGCUAGCUCGUGCACUGUAUCCAAGCCAUCAAUAGCUCGAGUACUACAUUCUAAUGUGUUUGUGCGUUGAUUUGUGCUUUGAUUUGGACAACAAGAUUUCGAUUUGAACUCUAGGGACGACGAUUGUUCCCUUCAAUUUGUAUUGCCGGCUAAUUUAUCCCUAACCUUGCAGCGGACGCCGUCUUGAGGUCUGUGUUGCCCCACCCCUGCGGCAGCAUCCCUUGAGCUCGAGCAUGGCCUCGGCGACGGCCUACGGAGCUGGGAGGGGAGGGUGCGGGGGGAGGAGCUCGGGAGGCUUGGAGGGGCUGGGGUUCUGGAAGGUUCUGGGGCGGGUUCGGAGGCGUCCGGUCAUGGCCGGCAGCAGCAGCGGCGAGAUGAAGAAGAAGCAGAGGAAAGAAGAAGGGAUGGAGAGUCCAGGGUCAAGAGAUUCUGGAGGAGGUUCAGUUUUGAAAUCUGUGAAUAAGUCAACAGUGCAGUUCAAAAAAUCUAGGAAUCGCAGAAGUGGUUCACCCAUCAAUUGGACCCCUCGGAAGAAGACUGAGUCAUACAUGAAGAGGAAGAUAAAGCAUCUUCAGGAAACAGAUGGAAUGACCACAUCCCUUCAUGAGACUCUAGGAAAUGCUAAUCCUCACUAUACAAGGAUGGCAAGGGAGAAGAUUGCAGCUAGAGAGGCUGCCAGAAAGGCGACAGAAGCUCGCAAAGCAGCUAUGGUUGAAGCUUCAUGGUGUAGAAUUCUUCGAGCAGCCAGGGUCCAAAAUAAAAAUGCUGAAGAAGAUAGGGAAAAGGCCAUGCUUCGAGCAACAGAAGCAUUUGAGAAAGCUAGAGCAAUGGGCGUGAUGAUGUAUGACAGACCAGAUUGCCCAAAUCAGCAGUAUGAGGUGGAAUCAUCGUCACAUAGUGGAGGACGAUCAACCCAUAAAGUUACUGCAUCCUUUCAGACUGCAUUUCAGAUUGAUAUGGAGGUUUCUGCUGCAGUUAAAAAGGCAUUUGUUCGACUCGCGAACUCUCCAGAUUCAGCAAAGAGAGAAGAAUUUAAGGAGCUGUUAUGGAAAAUAAGCCAAAAUCCUGAUUUGGAAGAGGCUGAUUUGAAUUAUGACGACAAACAGCAGCCUGGUGACUGUAGCAAUGAAGGUACAACUAGAUCGAAACUCAAUAAAGAAGACAUCAACAGCACCAGUGCUCCUUCUGAUUUCAAUGCCACAUCUGUUCGAGAAUCCAUAGAUGUAGUUAGCAUUAUGCUUGAAAGGCUAAAAGCUCUUCAUGAAGAUGAGCUAGCUUCCCUGGCAGUCAUUGUAGCCACAUCUGGGCUUAACACUGCACUUCAAUGUGAAAGGGGCAAAUAUCAUGAAACAGAUCCUGCAAACAACAUUAGUGCUGGGUCACUCAGAUCACAAUCAAGGAGGUAUUCUACUGCAGCAAGCUUAGUUGAUGUCCAAGGACCAGAGAAAGAAGUCGCUUCUGAGCUACCAAGUCUGGACAAGUUUUUGGUGAAGCAUCUUUCAAAACUCGAAAGAGAAGUUCAGGAAGCAAGAGAAGCAAGCAGAAAAGCCACUUUGAUAAAAUCUGUGGCACAUGAUGCCCCUAGCCAAUUUUCCAGCAGCAAUGCAAAGGCAGAAUCUUCUUCAGACCUGGGCAGCAUUCUUGUGAAGCAUGUAUCUAAGCUUGAGAAGGAGAUCUUGGAAGCAAAGAAGAAUAAUCAAAGCAUUGUCAAAGCCAGUGAUGUGCAGUCCAGAAACAGAGAAUUGGAGUUCACCAGGGCACAGUUAGAAGCUGAAAAUAAAGGUGAUUCAAAGGGAAACUGUGAUUCCAAGGGAUCAGGUGAAGGCAGCAAUCAUAUCCAAGACUUUUCUGAUUAUGUGCAAGAAGAUAAAGAGAACAGAAAUUUAUAUUCACAUCAGCUACCGCCCUCUGGUGCAAUGGUUAGACAGAGUGGUAAAAGAUUAACUCGAAUCGAAGCUGCUAAGCUGGAAGCACUUAAAUCCUUCUGUACUGUAGAUGGCAACUCAGUAGAUGUUGGCCUGGAUAAGAUCUUCAUUAAGCCAAUCCAUAGAUUGGAGAAGGAAAAGAGGGAAGCACGCGAAGGACAAACCAAUGUGCCCAAACAUCCUGAGAAGCAUGGUCAAAGCACAACUGUGACAGAGGGCUUAGAUGAUAUCUUAGUGAAGCAUGUAUCUAGGCUUGAAAGGGAAAAGAUUGAUUACGAGAAGAGGAAUCAAUUGGGUGAAGGAUUGACCAAUGUGCCAUAUGAUCAGCGAAAGAUUGGUAACAAUGCCCAACCAUUUGAAAGUUUAGAUCAAGUCUUAGUGAAACAUGUAAGUCGACUAGAAAGGGAAAAGAUGGAAUAUGAGAAGAGGAAUGCAUUGGGAGGAGGAACCAACAUGCAGAGUGACAAGCAAAGGCCCUGCAACAGUGCCAUUGCUGCGGACAGUUUAGAUCAAGUCUUAGUCAAGCGCAUCUCCAGGCUUGAAAAGGAGAAGAUUGAGCAUGAAAAGGAAACUUUGAGUGACAUCUUUGUCAAGCGUCCAACGAAACUUGAGCAGGCCAAGCUAGCAGCUGCUGCCGAAGAAACACCACCCAGUGGCUUAAACCCUGUGGAAGAGCGUAGAAGAGCAAGAGAGAAGGAGCUUCUGGAUGCGUGGGGAGGAAUGGGCCUUGGGAACUCGAUGAAGCCUCGUGUGUCAAAGAUUGAGAGAGCUAAGGCUGCUUGGAGGAUAGCUGAGGAUGAACAGAAGCAGAUGGUUGCUGCAAGGGAGCUAUGACUUGUCUGAAUCGGAUGGUGCUCCAGCUCGGAGGAAAAAUGCAAGCUCUGAACUCCUUCCUUCUGCCGAACACAACUAGCGAUUGUUUGUUAGGAUCAGUAUCCAGGGCAUCUUGACCUGCCGUAAAGCUUGACAUUGUCAACAGGUUACUAGAUGAUAUCCACGAUAGAUUUGCUAGACUCUACUAUUAUUUAUCCCCCGCUUGUUGCUCAAUGCAGUUGUCUAGCUGCAGUUACUAAUUCUUUUUUGUAUGCAUGCAUUUUUAUCCGGUUGCUUCUUGCAUUGCCUGAUCACAGAUAAGGAUGAACGCGCUGCACAUUCACCAAUUUUU